AUGAGCAACGUGGACGAGUUCUACGAAUACGCAAAAAACAACUUCCUAAAUCUCCUGAAAAAGAAUAAUGUACACUCUCGAAAUGAAGAAAAGGAGAAUGAAAAAAAAAGGGGCAAAGAAAUUAGAGUUAAGGGAAUGCACGAUCGGCACCUGUCUGAUAUGAGAAAGCUAAAGAGGGACGAACAAAAUGAUAAAGAAAGCUACGACAAGAAAUGUAAAGAUUUUCUUCUUAAAAGGAAGAGCAAAUGUUUGAGGAGGAGCGCGAAGGGGCGCUCGGCAAGUGCCUCUUCGGAUGCGUCAGCUUCAUCCGCAUCGGCAGCCACGUCCGUAUCGUCCUCAUCUAUCGAAUCCUCUGCUUCGCGCUCUUCACGCACAUCCUCUCCCUCAUCCCACGAGAAGAGAAAAAGACGAAAGCGGGAGAAGCAUCGAAGGGGACAUAAGGAGAGGGACAAAAAGGGAAGGAAGAGGAUAGCGGAGAAGGGGAAUGAAAAAAGGAAGAAGAGAAAGAAGGAAAAGAUUGAAGAAAAACCUAGGAAAGAGAAAAUCACCAACUGUGCAGAUCGCAAAGGAACGGUAAAAAAGUACGAAGAUGAGAAAAACAACUUAGCAGGGAAAAGCUACGUAGUGGGUGGACGAACAAGCGACUCUGAACGGAGCAGUUACCCAUCGGGUGAUGAAACUAAACGGAAGAGCAGAAGGGAAAAAACGGAAAUUCCCUUUAGUAGCCAAAGUGAAGACAAAAUGGAGACACAUAGCACGGAAAAAAUGACCCAGUUGAGCGCCAAAUUGGAAAUGAAAAUAGCGGAAAAGAAGGAAAAAAUGUUGUUAAAAAAUGCACUGAACAAAAAUUUAGUAGAAUGUAAGUUUUGCAUCGACUCCAACUCAUUCAGCAAAAUAAAUAAAUUGAAUAUAAUCAGCAUCAGUCAGAAGUCCUACAUAUGUUACUAUAAUUACAAAAAUGUGUUUUUAAAAGAUCAGUUGUUUAUUUCGCCUAUUGAACAUACCACUAGCGUAACGAACACAAAUUUUGAUAUCGUGCAAGACAUGCGUAAUCACAUGAAGUCACUAAUAGCCAUGUUAGAGGAAAGCAAUAAAACGUGCAUUUUUGUCGAAUUUAAUAACUGUUUUAAUGCUAGCAUCGAAUUAAUAUCGCUCAGAAAAACAAAACAUACAUAUGUUAAUUGUUACAUAAUACCAAUGGAGUUACUUGAGAAGGCAAAAAUUUAUUUCAAAAAAAAUCUGGAAGAUAUAAAUUCUUUAUAUAGAGAAAACAAGCAGUUAAUAAUUACGAAAAAUAAAUAUGCCCCUUAUAAUGUUUUACCGAAACAGAUCCCCUACGUUUCGGUCAAUUUUGCCCUAGUGGAGACGUAUAUACAAGUCAUUGAAAAUAAUUAUGAUUACAUAAAUAUGUGUAAAUGUAUUUUUACCGAUCUUUUUAAGAAGGAUAAAUUUUAUAAAUGUUUUCAAAAUUUUCAGCAGUACGUGGAUGCUGUGGAGGCGUUUAAAUCUGCCUAUAGGAAGUACGAUUGGACGACUUAUAUAAAUUGA